UCUAAACAGACGGCGCGGGCUCCUCCUCCGCUCGCGCAGCCUCACCUGCGGGCAUUGGCGCACCGCCUCCGCCGGUGUAGACGGCACCUGCGCUGCCAAGCCCGCGGGUCUCCGCCCCUCGUCCCCGCCUCACGGCGCCAGGCCCGGGCGGCUCACCUGGACGGGCGCGGGCUUCGGGAGCCCAGGCGCGGGGUGUGCCGCGCCUUGGCCGCCACCCGAAGAGGAGGCAGGUGAAGCGGGCGCAGCUUCGGUGACCCCGGCGCUGGCCGCAGUCGUUGUCCCAGUCGCCACCCAGUCCUGGGGACCUCGCUGCCCGCACCCAGGGAGUAGCCGCUGCCGCGGGCGUCUGGGCACCAUGAACAGUAGCAGCGCCAACAUCACCUACGCCAGUCGCAAGCGGCGGAAGCCGGUGCAGAAAACAGUAAAGCCAAUCCCUGCUGAAGGAGUCAAGUCAAAUCCUUCCAAGCGACAUAGAGACCGCCUUAAUACAGAGUUGGACCGUUUGGCUAGCCUGCUGCCUUUCCCGCAAGAUAUUAUUAAUAAGCUGGACAAACUUUCCGUUCUUAGACUCAGUGUCAGUUACCUGAGAGCCAAGAGCUUCUUUGAUGUUGCAUUAAAAUCCUCCCCUGCUGACAGAAACGGAGGCCAGGAUAACAGAGCAAAUUUCAGAGAAGACCUGAAUUUGCAAGAAGGAGAGUUGUUAUUACAGGCUCUGAAUGGCUUUGUAUUGGUUGUCACUACAGAUGGUUUGGUCUUUUAUGCUUCUUCUACCAUACAAGAUUACCUAGGAUUUCAGCAGUCUGAUGUCAUACAUCAGAGCAUGUAUGAACUUAUUCAUACCGAAGACCGAGCUGAAUUUCAGCGUCAGCUCCACUGGGCUUUAAACCCUUCCCAGUCUGCAGACUCUGGACAAAGAAUUGAUGAAGCUCAUGGUCUCCCACAGCCAGAAAUCUGUUACAACGCAGACCUUCUUCCUCCAGAAAACUCUUCUUCCAUGGAGAGGUGCUUCAUAUGCCGACUAAGAUGUCUGCUAGACAAUUCAUCUGGUUUUCUGGCAAUGAAUUUCCAAGGGAGGUUAAAGUAUCUUCAUGGACAGAGAAAGAAAGGGAAGGAUGGAUCAAUACUUCCACCUCAGUUGGCUUUGUUUGCAAUAGCUACUCCACUUCAACCACCAUCCAUACUUGAAAUACGAACCAAAAAUUUCAUCUUUAGAACCAAACACAAACUGGACUUUACACCUACUGGUUGUGAUGCUAAAGGGAAAAUUGUUUUGGGCUAUACUGAAGAAGAACUGUGCACAAGAGGAUCGGGCUAUCAGUUUAUUCAUGCUGCUGAUAUGCUUUAUUGCGCCGAGUCCCAUAUCCGGAUGAUUAAGACUGGAGAAAGUGGCAUGAUAGUUUUCAGACUUCUGGCAAAAAGCAAUCGAUGGAUGUGGCUCCAGUCUAACGCGCGUUUAGUUUAUAAAAAUGGAAGACCAGAUUAUAUCAUUGCAACUCAGAGACCUCUAACAGAAGAAGAAGGAGCAGAACAUUUGCAAAAACGAAGUACCAAGUUGCCUUUUAUGUUCACCACUGGAGAAGCAGUGUUGUAUGAGGUAACAAACCCCUUUCCUGCCAUAAUGGAUCCCUUACCAAUAAGAAAUAAAAACGGCACUAACGGAAAAGACUUUGCUACCAAGUCAACUCCGAACAAGGACUCUCUCCAUCCUAGUUCCCUCCUGGCUGCUGUGAUGCAACAAGAUGAGUCUAUUUAUCUCUAUCCUGCUUCAGGUGCUUCAAGUUCUGCACCUUUUGAAAGAAAUUUUUGUAAUGAACCUAUGAGUGAAUGCAGUAAUUGGCAAAACAGUGUCACCCCAGUGGGAAAUAAUAAUGUCCUGAAACAUGAGCAAAUUGAUCAGUCUCAGGAAAUGAAUCCAGCAUUCUCUGGAGGUCACAUGGGGCUCUUUCAAGAUAAAAGUAAUGACUUGUACACCAUUAUGAAAAACCUAGACGUCGAUUUUGAAGAUAUCAAACACAUGCAGGAUGACAAAUUUUUCAGAAAUGACUUUCCAGGGGAGGUUGACUUCAGAGACAUUGACUUAACAGACGAAAUCUUAACAUAUAUCCAAGACUCUUUAAAUAAGUCUGCUUUCAUGUGUUCAGGUUACCAGGAGCAACAGUCCAUGGCUCUAAACUCAAGCUGUAUGGUACAGGAACACCUGCAGUUAGAGCAGCAGCAGCAGCAGCUACAGCAUCACCCAAAGCAAUUGGUAGUGGAGCCACAGCAGCAGCUGUGUCAGAAAAUGAAGCAUAUGCAAGUUAGUGGCAUGUUUGCCAAUUGGAACUCUAACCAGUCUGUGCCUUUCAGUUGUCCUGAGCAAGGCCUACAACAGUAUAAUGCCCUUUCAGACUUACAUGGGACCAAUCAAGAGUUUCCCUACAAAUCUGAGGUUGAUACUAUGCCUUAUACACAGAACUUCAUUUCCUGUAAUCAGUCUGUGUUACCACAACAUUCCAAAUGUACACAGUUAGACUUUCCUAUGGGGAGUUUUGAACCAUCCCCGUACCCCACUUCUUCUGGUUUAGAAGAUUUUGUCACUUGCUUACAAGUUCCUGAAAACCAAAGGCAUGGAAUAAAUCCACAGUCAGCCAUCGUAACUCCUCAGACAUGUUAUGCUGGGGCCAUGUCAAUGUACCAGUGCCAGCUGGAAUCUCAGCACACCCAGGUGGAGCAGAUACAGUACAAUCCAGGAAUUCCAGGCCAACAGGCAUUUUUAAACAAGUUUCAGAAUGGAAGAGUUUUAAGUGAAACAUAUCCACCUGAAUUAAAUCACAUAAAUAACAGUCAGACUACCCCCCAUCUUCAGUCACUUCAUCAUUCACCAGAAGCCAGACCUUUCCCUGAUUUGACGUCCAGUGGAUUCCUGUAAUUCCAAGCCCAAUUUGACCUUGGUUUUUGGAUUAAAUUAGUUUGUGACGGAUUAUGGAGUAAUGAAACUGUGGGUUUUGGAUGUCAGCACGCUCACAUGGAGGCGUUGAUGCAUGUUACUUACUCCAAACCAAAUUUUAGUUUGUAGAAAAGGAAUUUAAUAUUAAAUUAUAUACACUAUAGUCACUAAAAUAGAAAGUGUGCUGCCACAGAGUAGUGAGAUACCAUCUACAUUUCACAUUAUUCUGAACACCACAAAAUGGGCAAAACUCAUUCAGAGGAACUUUAAGACUUAAAAGAAAACUUUCUCUAUUUGCAUUAUUUCUAUCAGAAUAAAAAGAAAACUUGAGUUUUGACCUUCUGGACUCUUGAUAGCUCACCAAAUACAAAGUUACAAAACUAAACUAUUUUCCUAUCAUUUUAGCCUCUGCUUUUAUCUCAGAUGUUAUAUGGUUUGGUGCUUUUUUAUAAGAAGAUAGUCUCAGUGCUUUUCUCCUUCACUAUUAAUCUAAGUGCCUCACAUUUUUUUCUACCUAUAACACUGUAGGAUGUACAUUUUAUAUAAAAUAUUUUUCUUUUAAAUUAAUAACUUUUGUGUGCACAAAUAUCAUUCGUAUUUUCUAAAUUCAGUCAUUUUUGUUAAUUCAGGCAUGUUUUAACACUUACCCACUUUCUUUGGGUAAAGGGCAAAUAAUGAGAAAAGAUAACUAUUUAUUACAUAAUCUAAUUGCUUCUAGACUUUCAGUGUUGCUAUGUGCCUUAUGUUGAUCAGGUUGAAAAUAAAAUUUCUUUCCAAAUUCUUAAGUAUAAAAAUAUUAAGACAGUAGCACUUAAAUGUCAGCAGUGUUUUUAGAAGAGAUAUACCACUGUUUAUUGAAAUCUCUGGUGUUAUCUGCAUGUUGCAAUGUGAAAAAAUCUGUUGUUGAAUGCAACUGUGUUUAUUAAAUUGCAACGAAGAGAAGCAGCUUUAUUUCUAGCUUUUUGAUUAAAUUAAAGCACCCAUUUCAAUGUAUAUAAAUUGUCUUUAAAAAGUGUUUUAGAUCUAUAAUCUUUUAUGUUGACUUUAUAAAUUUCACUUCUUAGAACAGUGGAAACUUUGUUUUUCUCAUAUUUGAGGAGUGUUAAGAUUGAAGAUAACAAUGUUUGGUGCAAAGUAUUGUAAUGAGUGAAAUGGUGCGUUUUACAGAUAUAAAGAACAAAAUUAUUUGUAAAAUAUUUUCCAUUUUUCAUUUGAAAAUAGUCCAUUUGUUAUAUGUGCACUUAUAUGUGUUACAUCUGUUUGGGUUUUAGGUAUUUUAUCAGUGUGUCUUUCUAAGAAUGAAAUAAUGAAUCAAACUGCCUUGAAGUUGGAAUUAAGAAAAAAAGACAACCACUCAGUUCAUUUACCUUCAAAUAUUAAGUGGUUUUUAUGAUAUAAUGACCUUUAUUACCAAUAAGGCAAAUUAAUCACUCUACUAACUUCACUAUCCUGAAAUUAUUUAAAAGUAAAAAUGCCACCAUCCAUUAUUUUCUUUCUAAGUAUGAUACCUGAAGAGCGUAGACACAUUUUGCAUAUAUGAUUUUUAAAAACCUGAUGGAAUCCCAAACUGAGAUAUAGUAUUAAAAUACAUUUUUGUUUCUUUUAUUUCUUUUUUAGUAAAUUAAUGUAUAUAAACCAAAAUCUCUCUCAGUUCUAUGUGUGUUCAGUCAGAAUUUUGAGUAGACUGAAUUCAAGAAUUGAAAAAAAUUUGUCUAAAGCAUUUCAUAAUUUCAUUCUAGCAUGAGAUAUCACUAAGGAUUUAGACCAGUAAUCUAGAUUAAUGGUCUAUUUUUUACAUUUAAAUUUUCAUUAAAAGUCUUCAUAUAAACCAUUUUUGUUAGUCUCUUCCACAUGUUACUGGAUGAAUUGCUUAGUGGGAAAAAAUAGGCUUUUUAAAUUGUGAAUAUAAUGACGAUCAACUAUAAAAUUAAGUUUUUAAACCAUAUUGUAUAUUUUUAUCUGUAUAAAAUAACUAAAAUAUAUCCAAGAAUAAUAAAAUCCCAUUAAUCCAAUACUCCUUUGUCUGUACUGGGAAGUGCCAAACAGAUAAUGCUUAGUGUAGUAGUGUGCUGAGGGAUUCGUUUUAGAUGAUUCGCACAUCUAAGGAUGUGAAUGCAUCUAAUACAGUCUUUUCCUACAUCAGGUUUUUAAAGUAUCUAAGAUUUACCAAUGUUCCAACAUACUAUGAAACUUUCGAUCAUUCCUAUGCACACACUAGUGUUUUUCAGUAUUACUAAAUUUUAGGUAAAUCUUCUCAUGGUUCUUCUCUUUCCUUCAAAAUGUUACUGCUUACAUAUGCCAUGCAUAAAUUCUUAUUUAAAAUAUGAUUUAUAAUAUCCUUAUUACCAAACAAAACUGUACAUAAUAUCCAUGGUAAUAAUCACGUAUGAAAUAAUAUGUUUUAAUGUUAAUUCUUUCUGUUCCAUGUAAGGGAAAUGACACUUUUAGUAUAGUAUUAUAGCUAUGUUAGAUGAGGGGAAUCUACCGUAGUUAAGGAUGUGUUAAGUCAGUAAUUCAUAAACUUGCAAAAUUGUGCCCCUCAAUGUUUUGGCCUUUAUUUGACUAUAAAAAACAUGUUCAGUAACUUCAUAAAUUAAAAUGCUUCUGAAAUGAACUGUUUAAGUCUCUUG